AUGCUGUGUUGGAGAUGGAUCCUACAUCUGUGUCAGAGAGGGAGAAUGUCACACUGACAUGUAGAACCAAAUGUACACUGGACCGCAUCAAAGCCUACAGUUGGUAUAAGAAUGGACAGCCUAUACCAAACAGCAACACCUCUUCUCCUGUCUAUAUCCUAUUCUCAGUCAGCAGUGAGGAUACAGGCAGAUACUCCUGUGCUGUAGAAGGCCAUGAGGAUCUCCCCUCUGCUGAAGAGACUCUCACUGUCACAUAUGGCCCAAAGAACACCUCAGUGUCAGUCAGUCCCUCUGGUGAAAUAGUGGAGGGCAGUUCAGUGACUCUGGCCUGCAGCAGUAACGCCAACCCCCCUGUGGACAAAUACACCUGGUACAAGAAGAAUGUAACCUCACCAAAAGCAUCGGAACAGAGAUAUAGCAUCACUAUCAUCAGCUGUGAGGACAGUGGAGAAUACUACUGCGAAGCUAGCAACAUUAAAGGGACAGACACUUCCAUCCCUGUCCAUAUUAAUGUCAUGUGUAAGUAUGUCAUGUUCUGUCUAUUACUGGUGCUCUGUGAUAUGACUAUUUUUAACAGAUACGCACUAUAAACACAUGUACACAUGGGAUUUGUGUUGUAGAUAUGUGGUAGUAGAGUAGGGGCCUAAGGUCAUAUACUUAAUGUGUUGUGCAAUCUGUCGUGAAUGUAUUGUAAUGUUUUAAAAAUGGAAUAACUGCCUUAAUUUUACUGCCUUAAUUUUGCUAAUGGGGAUCCAUAAUAAAUACAAUUACAAACAGAUAUAUGUUCUAACCUCUUCACACUUAAACCCAGUAAA